AAUUAAAACAAACAAAGAAUUAAGGGCACGCCACAAACAGUUGUUGCUGCGGUCAAUUACAGCAACAGACAGCGGCAACUACUUUAACGACAGCAGCAACAUUGCAACAACGCCAUUUUGACCAAUAUUAAUAAUGAAAAUGUUGCUGCUCUUGAAGCGACAACUGCCGCCAGCAGCAGCAGCAACUGCAGCAAGCUCAACAACAACAACAACAAGAACAGUGGCGAGAGCGCGAAGAAAACCAUUAGGAGCAGAGCCUCAGCUGAUGUUGUUCCUGCUGCUGCUGCUGCUGGGCAUUGCGUGUCACAGCAGCAGCGGCGCUGGCAUCAGCUACAGCAACAACAACAACUCGGCCAAUCGCAGCAUGUCAGCUGGCGGCAGCGGCGGCCUCGUACUGAUUGGCUCCAGCAGCGUUGCGAGCAGCAGCAUCGGAUCCACAGCUAAUGCGGCCACUGCCAGCGCUGUGCCCUCAUUAUCGCUCACUUCGUCAUCCUCGGCUGCGUCAUCGUACGCCACCUCGACUAGCAGCAGCAGCAGCAGCACCAGCACUAGCAGCAGCAGCAGCAGCGGCAGCGGCAGCGGCAGCAGCAGUAGUAGUUCAUCAUCGGCAAACCGAAGCAGUCGACUAACAAGCAACAGUAACAGCAACAACAACAACAUAAAUCAUGAUCAAUUACCCGCACAGCUCUCAUCGCGCAUCAUCCACACACGCAAUGGCGCCAUCUCGGGCGUAAUUGUCCAAUUAGAUGGGCGGCAUUUGGAUCCGGUUGAGGCGUAUCGCGGCAUACCCUACGCCUCGCCGCCCGUUGGAAAUUUACGUUUCAUGCCGCCCGUCUCGGCGGCCAUGUGGUCGGGUGUCAAAAAGGCGGACAGAUUCAGUCCCGUCUGUCCGCAGCGGCUGCCGGACAUACACAACGAGACCGCGGCGAUGGAGCGCAUGCCCAAGGGUCGCUUGGAGUAUCUAAAGCGCUUGCUGCCCUAUCUGCAAAAUCAAUCAGAGGAUUGUCUUUAUCUAAAUAUUUAUGUGCCCAUCCAAGUUGGCUCGCGGGACUCAACGAGCAGCAGCGGCAGCUCCUCUGGCGGUAGUUCUGGCAGCUCUUCCUCCUCUUCAUCAUCGUCAUCGUCAUCAUCGUCUUCUUCUUCCUCAUCGGGUGGCGGUGCAAGCAAGUAUCCGGUACUGGUGUUUGUCCACGGCGAAUCGUACGAGUGGAACAGCGGCAAUCCCUAUGACGGCUCGGUGCUGGCCAGCUACGGACAAAUAUUGGUGGUGACCAUAAAUUAUCGCCUCGGAGUGCUCGGAUUUUUAAAUGCCAACACGGAUCGCUAUUCUAAGCUGCCAGCAAAUUACGGCCUGAUGGACAUCAUUGCCGCCCUGCAUUGGCUAAAAGAGAAUAUUGCGGCAUUUGGCGGCGAUCCGAACAGCAUAACCCUAGCGGGACAUGGCACUGGUGCGGCCUGUGUGCACUUUCUGAUAUCAUCGAUGGCGGUACCGGAGGGUCUGCUCUUCAACCGGGCCAUGCUCAUGUCCGGCUCGGGCCUGGCACCGUGGUCUCUGGUCAGCAAUCCCGCCAAGUAUGCGGCCAUCGUGGCGCAUCACGUCAACUGCGCCUCGGACCUGCCGCACGCCCAUCUGAUGAAGUGCCUUCGCGAGAAGACGCUCGAGCAGCUACUCAGCGUGCCCAUACGACCGCCCGAGUUCGGUUUUGCCUUUGGCCCCAGCAUCGAUGGCGUCGUCAUCGAUGGUGGCGACUAUGUCCCACCCCCGCCCGGCUCACCGGCCGCUCAGGCACAGGCUCAGGCCUCAACGGCAGCUGGCAAUGGUCUGGGCGGAGAGGCGGGCAUCGCAGCUGCAGGAGGCUGGGGCACGCCCGGCCAACUGGAGAAUAUAGUAUUAAUGAGAAAAACAGCCAUUAACAAGUUGUCAAGAUACGACCUGAUGGCUGGCGUGACACGUGCCGAAUCCUUUUUCAGCUUCAAUUCCGGCGACGUGCAAUAUGGCAUCGAGGCGGAUCGGCGUUCCCGUAUUUUAAAGGCCUACGUACGGAACACGUACACAUUCCAUUUGAACGAGAUAUUCGCCACGAUUGUCAAUGAAUACACAGACUGGGAGAGGCCGGUGCAGCAUCCAAUUAAUAUCCGCGAUGAGACUUUGGAGGCCUUGAGUGAUGCUCAAGUUGUGGCUCCAGCGGCUCAAACUGUGGACCUGCACUCGGCAGAUCAUCGCAACUCGUACCUCUAUGUGUUCGACUACCAGACACGUUUCGGCGACUAUCCACAGCGCCAGGGCUGCAUUCAUGGCGAGGACUUACCCUACAUUUUUGGUGCACCGCUCGUCGGCGGUUUGAACCACUUCACUCGCAACUAUACGAAAACCGAAAUCAGUCUAUCGGAAAUCGUAAUGUUUUACUGGUCCAACUUUGUGCGCACUGGCAAUCCCAACGAACAAAUGGAAACCGAACAUGGCAGCCGGCAGGAACGCAGUCGCUACAAAACCAUCGAAUGGACGGCCUACGAGAGUGUGCACAAAAAGUAUCUGAAUUUCGACACCAAGCCAAAGCUGAAGAAUCAUUAUCGCGCUCAUCGGCUCUCCUUCUGGCUGAACCUCAUUCCCGAUCUGCACAAGCCGGGCGGCGACAAUGUGCCCGCUGCCCAUCACCAGCUGCACGACGACGACGAUGAGCUGGACAACAACAUUGCCAGCGAUGCCUCGGUGAAGCCCCUGAAUCCCUCGUACACGUCGAGGGGUGCGAAUGCCGCGGCCAUGGGCAACUAUACGAUAUUCACGAAUCAGGUCUUCUCGCUGCUGAAUCUCAGUUCGCCGUCGUCCUCGCUGCAGCGCAACGGGACGCGUUACGGCGGCGGCAAGAUCUAUCCGGACGACAUUCUGGAUGCGGAUCAUGCGGCGGGUGGGGCGGCCAGUGCUUCGCAGGAUAGCGAUGGCUUUGCAGCCUACUCAACGGCGCUGAGCGUGACCAUUGCGAUUGGCUGCUCUCUGCUGAUACUCAACGUGCUGAUCUUCGCGGGCGUCUACUAUCAGCGGGACAAGACGCGGCUGAGCGAGCCACGCAGCCAGACGAAGCUGAAGCGGCAGGAGAAUGGCCAAAUACCCAACAACAUCUGCGGCGACCUGGAGACCCUGACCAUCCAUGCAAAGAGCGAUCCGGCCACCAUACUGUCGCAUCAUCAUGCCAUGCAGCAUCAUCAGCUGCCGCCGCCGGAGUUCGCUGACAUUCCGCAUCGCGCGCCGCCGCCGCCGAAGCACAUGAAGUCGUCGCUGCAGGACGCCGGGCAGGUGGGCGGCGGCGGAGGCAUGAUGCCGCCGCCCCAUGCGCUGCAAGUGCUGGGCAACCAGUGCGGCACGCUGACCAAAAAGAGCUGCAUGAAGCAAACGCAGGCCACACAGCAGCAGCAGCAGCAACARCAGCAGCACUCACCCGCACAGCAGCAACACGUGGUAACGCAUCAGCAGCAUAUGCAGAAUCAUCAUAAUCAAAGCAUGACCACGGUGCUAACCACUGCCGGCGGCCUGAUACCCGUGCCCCAGCCACCCACAGUGCCCGUAAUUGUGGCAACCACAACGCAACAGCACGCACARCAGCAACAGUCGCAGCAGCAGCAGCAACAGCAGCAGCAGCAGCAACAACAACAGCAGCAACAACAACAUCCGCUGAUGGAUGAGCUGCGUGUGUGACAUUAAUUGACGGUGCGUUUCAAAUGUGAUCUCUAAGCCUAGAUCAUCUAAGCGCACAGUCCGAACGGCCGUUUCAAACUGAGUGUGUAUGAAUGUCUGUGUGUGUGUGUAUUUGUGUGUUUUUAUUUGUGUGUUUGUAUUUGUGUGUCUGUUGUGUUAGUUGACUCAACUGUGCUGCAUUCGCUAAUAGAGUUUGUUUAUGUUAGCUGCCUGCUGUGAAUGUUAAGCUGCAUAUGUUAAGUAGUUCAUUUUAACAUCAGUUUUAUUGUAUAUAAAAA